AUGAAACCCCCAAUUAUUUCAUGUUCCAAAACUAACUUCCUUUCGAUUGCUACUUCUGCUGCUCCUGAGUCUAGCACUCCAACCGUGCUGCAAUCAAGACCAACCUCAGAUGCCAACCAAGAUUUUGAGAAUCAAGAGCAGGAACUCGAGCCUACCUCUAUUGAGCCAGAAAAUGGCAAAAGUAAGGCUGUCGUUCAAAAUGAUUUUGGGUCAGGAAAGAGUCAUGAGUUUUCAGAAGUUGCAGUUUGGGACUCCUAUAAAAGCCUCCUUGAACUUUUAGGCCGAGGGUUUGCACCCAAUACACUGGCCAGCUCCUCCAUUUCUACUCCUGCCACAGACUCGCAAGCCAUAGAAACAAUCAGAACUUUUCUAGAAAUGGACUUUGCUACUAUGGCUUGCAAUGUUAAACAAACUGACAUGAUUUCACACAUCAAGGGACUCGUAGUUUCUAGUUGGUUUCCCUCUGACAGCAAAACAUGCAUUUUGCCAUUAUUGGAGCAGCUAGAGCAACUUGUUCGAGACUAUUCCGAGUAUGAUAAGGGCAAAAAAUUAAAUGCCCAAGUCGAAGAUAUGAUAAAGCGUCUUCAACCUAAGGUUCAGUUUUGUGAUAGCAAGAGGAGAGACCUUCAAAGACUAGAGAAUGAGAGAAAGUAG